ACGUCACUGCCCAAAGAAGGAAGAGUCAUGACUUGUCCCAAACAGGAAUUUGUGUUUACGACGUGUUGCUUUCAGUUUUGCCAUGUACUAGUUGUUCAACUGUGAUCAUCACUGAUAGCAACCUGGUGCAGCAGUGAAUAUUAUGUUGGCACCGUUUUGGGUUUCUGAACGCAUAAAAUCGUUGAGUCAAUGAACUCUAAGGAUAUCCUUUCAAUGAGAGGACCACGCCGAGCCAUACAACAAUGAGGGGCAGACCUCGUAAAUCUAAAAAGACGCCCGUCUUUAAACAGAUCCAUUCUCCAGUAGCAGAUGUGUCGAUUUCUGAUGAUCUCCCCACUUUCAAGUUGUCCACUCUUGAAUCCGUAUCAACUACUCCUGAGAGACGCAAGGGGCCAAGGAGACGGACACAAAUAAGCAACCAGACCUCAACGCCUGUCCACGGCUCCUCAACAUCCAACAUUAUACUCUCCUCUUCUGGAGCUGAUGAAGAGCAGCUAGAGUACACUGAAUGUAUCACUAAUGCAAAGACUCCCGAGGCCGAUUCAUCAUGCCAUAAAUCGAAAUCUCAAAAAAGGAGUCACACUUCUCCGCCAAGACAACUUACACGAGGCAAGAAGCAGACUCAGUCAAACGGGACUGUGACUAAGCGUCCGCGUGGCAGGCCGCGAAAGAAUAAGCCAGUAGAUGUAAAUGGAAAAGGCCCUGCUCCCCCAUCCAAACGCAUAAGGCCAAAGUUUGAGUUGCAGAAACCUGAUCCAGCAGACCAAGACGAAUCUUUGCUGUCUUCAGAUCUUUCAAUCGAACUGAGUCACUUUGAGGAGCAGCUGCCCUCUCUGGCCAUGCUAGAGGAUGAAAGUGAAGACGAGGAGGAGGAGGAGGAGGAAGAACUACCAAGUUACUUGAUGAAGAAAAACAUCAAACCUCCGUCUAUCACAGAAGGAGCAUUUGUGUGGGGCAAAUGUCGAAAUUAUCCUUACUGGCCUGCAUUGGUAAAAAAUGUGAACCGAAAACAGAAGAAAGCAAGUAUCAUGUUUGUUGACCAGGCUUUCACAGGGAUUCACAAUAAGAAAGGGUUUACAUUGCCUCUAAAAUCAUUGAAACCCUUUGACUGCGAAGAAGCAGAUGAGCUGAUGCAAAAAGCCAAAGAGUCGUAUGAGGCUGCUGUUACGUGGGCGCUGGAUUUUAUAGAAGACUACAGAAUCCGCAUUGCGUGUGGUUCGUUUUCGGGCUCAUUCAUCGAGUAUUGUAAUCAUGACAUGAGCUACCCAGUGAGGAGGAUGUAUCCACAGGCAGCCGCAGAUACAGUAAUGAUCACCUGUGAUACCACAACGGAGGAACCGUGUGAAGAUCAAAAGGAGGACAGGGAAGAUGCUUCUACAUCCUCAAAGCGGCUGCUGCCAGACCGAACACAAGCUGCCCAUAACCGAGCCAAUGAGAAGCUGGUUCAUUUUAUUGUCAAACUGCGAAUGGUGGAGAAACAUCUUCUGGCUGUGAUCCAGGGGCAGCAGCAGUCCAGAUGGCUUCGGAGUUUCUUAAGUCCCAAGCGGAAGAGAGUGGUGAAUAUCUACUUGGAAGAUGAUCAGCAACUGGACCAAGUCUACUGGUACCUAAAUGACGUCUAUGGAAAAGCUGCGACCAAAUCCCCAUGCCUGGCUAAGCUGACAUCCAUGGAGCGUGUCCCUUUUGUUCUAGACGUGCUGCUUCCUGAGGCUAUCAUCUAUGCUAUUGCUGGGGUGGAUAAUGUUUCUGUGAAAAAGGCAGAAGAAAAGUACCUGGAAGGCCGAUGCAUUAGUAACAGAGAAAGACAAGCGUUUGAUUUAAUGAUUGAACGACAGAUGAGGAGGAAGUCACUCCGUCAGAAUACAGCACUUGAAUUAUUGUCAGACUCUGUUAAUUAAAAGACCUGAGGAUGUAUGAGUCCAA